AUCGUUUCCUUGCCGUUUACGGGUGUGCCUAUUUCUGAAGAGUUUGACCAUGCGUCCGGUAAGAUGCUAUCAGCCCAGCACAGCGCCGCAACCAACAACGCAACAACCGUCUCAUUUAGCAAUUCUCCAUCGAUUGGUUACCAGUCCAGUUUUUCCCCAGACACCAACAAGGACUCUUCGACGCAAAUACAAGCUUAAACAAUGGGGUCUACUGCUACCUUCGUGGCAUCGGAGACCCCGAAGCAUGCAGAUGAGACCAAUCGACUGGAUGUCGCGUUCAACCUCGUCGAGAAUCCGAAGGAGACCGUGUCUAAGGACAAACCUGCGGAUGGGCAGGUGGCGUCAAUGGGCGAGCUCUUCUCCUACGCCGACGGGAUCGACAAGCUCCUCAUGUUUCUCGGCACGGCUGGCGCCUUAACCGCAGGAGUCUCGCAGCCUAUACAAAUCGUGCUCUUCGGUGACGUGCUCAACACGUUCAACCCGGCAGACCCGGGGGCAGACAUUGAAGAUGGCAUCAGAAGUGUCGCUCUCAACUUUGUAUACGUCGGUAUCGCAGUCUUCAUUGCCGGUAGUUUCCAAGUUGCAUGCUGGACCAUCACAGCUUCGCGUCAGGCCAAACGCAUCCGAAGCGAGUACGUGAGUGCCAUCAUGACCAAGGAGAUUGGCUGGUUCGAUGUCAACGAGCCUAUGCAAUUAGGUUCACGUGUCGCCGAAGCCACUGUGACUAUACAAGAAGGAAUGGGUCGCAAGAUCGGCGAUGGUCUCAAUUUCUUCUCCAUGGCUGUCUCGGGCAUAGUGAUCGGACUUGUCAAAGGUUGGCAACUCGCUCUGAUCUUGCUGGCUUUCACGCCAUUCAUCGCAUUCACGGCCUUCUUGGCCAUGAAAGUCUUGUCAACAGCCACUCAGGCAGGUCUCGAGUCGUACGGUAAAGCUGGUGCAGUGGCACAAGAGGCGCUGAGUAACGUUCGCACAGUGCACAUGUUCAACUCAAUCAACCACUUUAUCUCCAAGUAUGACAACGCUCUAGGUCAAUCGACUAAGGCCGGUAUCAAGAAGGGCUUAGCGGUUGGAUGGGGCACGGGUCUUAUGUUCGGCACGGUGUUCUUCACUUACGCUGGUGGCAUGUACUUCGGUGCACUGAUGGUGGCUAAUGACAAUCUGGACGGUAAUACUUGCACUGGUUACGGCUGCUACGAUGGCGGUCGAGUGCUUACAGUCUUCUUCUCAGUUAUCAUGGGCGCUAUGGCUCUCGGUCAAGCCGCUCCGAGCGCCGAGGCUAUCGCUUCAGCGCGUGCUGCAGCGUUCCCUGUCUUCCAAACUAUCAAACGUCCAUCACUCAUCGAUCCACUGAAUGACGAAGGCAAGAAGCUGGACAAGGUCAUGGGUCGAAUUCAGAUUGAGAACGUGUCGUUUGCCUACCCUUCACGUCCGGAGGUGCAGGUGUGCAGCAACUAUUCCUUGACUAUUGAGCCUGGUGAGACGGUGGCGCUAGUGGGUCCCAGUGGCAGUGGCAAGAGUACAAUGGUGUCGCUUCUCGAGCGCUUCUACGACCCACUUAGUGGCUCUGUAAGCAUCGAUGGUGUCGAUGUACGUACGUUGAACGUCAAGUGGCUACGCUCACAGGUGGGACUGGUGGGUCAAGAGCCUUCGCUCUUUGCCACAUCUAUCAUGGAGAAUAUCCGCUACGGUUGUCCCUCUGCUUCGGAUGAACAGGUGAUUGAAGCUGCCAAGAUGGCUAACGCUUACACCUUCAUUAAGGAAUUCCCUCAGGGUUUCCAGACUGAAGUAGGUGAGCGUGGAGCUCAACUCUCAGGUGGACAGAAGCAGCGCAUUGCCAUCGCUCGAGCCAUUAUCAAGAACCCACCCAUUCUACUUCUCGAUGAAGCUACCAGUGCCCUGGACACUGAGAGUGAGCGAGUUGUGCAAGCCUCUCUCGACCAAUUACUGGCCAACUCACACCGAACUACGAUCAUUGUGGCCCAUCGACUGUCCACUAUUCGCAACGCCAGUCGCAUCGCAGUGCACAGCGGGGGUGCGAUCGUGGAGAUCGGCUCACACGAUGAGUUGAUGAAGCUUGAGAAUGGCCACUACCGUCUCCUUGUUGAGGCUCAGAACCGCGUGGCGUCAGAAGAGAAGGAAGAAGCCACCGCUGAGGUGAUGAGUGUGGAGGAUAUCGAGUCUACUGAUGACCCCACUGUACGCUCUGGUCGGUCUUCUAGACGAUCGAUCAGUCGACACAGCGCCAAUGAGAAGGAAACUGCACUGGCCAAGGGUGACAACGAACUGGGCGAUGUCGAUCUCCCGCCGGUCUCAAUGGCUCGAGUCUGGAAGAUGUCAUUACCGGAGUGGAAGUUCAUGUUCGCGGGCUCUCUUGGCGCUAUCGUGAACGCUGCAGUGUUCCCCGUAUGGGGUGUACUAUUGGUGAAAGUUACCGUGUUGUUCUUCCACCUUGACUACACGAAGAGCGAGAUGAUGCAUGACGCUCGCUGGUGGGCGAUCGGCUUUAUCGGUCUAGGAAUUCUGUUCGCUAUCUCCAUCACACUGCAGCAUUACGGCUUCGCUGUGGUCUCCCAGAACCUCGUGACUCGUGUGCGGUUGGCCACAUUCAGUGCCAUGUUGCACCAAGAGAUUGGCUGGUUCGACUUGGACGAGAACUCUUCAGGUGCAUUGGUCUCUCGCUUAGCUACGGACUCGGCUGUGCUACAGGCGAUGACGUCGGAGACACUCAACAGAGGCCUCGUGAACCUCACUACGCUCACUAUCGCGUUCGCUAUCGCCUUCUUCUACAGUUGGCAGAUGACGCUUAUCCUUCUCGCGGCGUUCCCAGUGCUAGCUGCGUCUUCGUAUAUCCAGGCUCAGCAAAUGGCCGGUACGUCCGGUAACAAGCAGAACAACGACGCUGACACUGCAGCAGGGUCUCUGCUGUCUGAGGCCAUUGGCUCUAUCCGCACGGUGGCUUCCUUCAGUAUGGAGGUUGCAUUGAACACGCUGUAUGUGGGGUAUUUGAACGUCUCGAAGCAGGCUGACGUGAAGAUCGGCAUCGUGGGAGGCCUGGCGUUCGGAGUAUCACAAGGAGCGAUGUUCUUGGUCCUCGCUGUGCUCUUCUACGUCAGUGGACGCUGGAUCUCGCGUGGCAUUAUUACGUUCGAGGAGUUCUUCAUGGUGCUUAUGGUUAUUAUGCUCAGUACCUUCGCGAUAGGAAUGGCUGCACAGGGAGCUACAGACGGAGCCAAGGCCAAGCUCUCAGCACAGCGAGUUUUCAAGGUUAUCGACCGCAAGCCACUGAUUGACGCCACCUCGGGUACGGGACGCACGUUGGACCACGUCAACGGCGACAUUGAGUUUCGCCACCUGCAGUUCGCGUAUCCUGCACGUCCUGACGCUAAGAUAUACAAGAAUUACAGCUUGAAGAUUGCACGUGGCCAGACUGUGGCGCUGGUGGGCGCUAGUGGUAGUGGGAAGAGUACAGCGAUCUCACUCAUGGAGCGGUUCUACGACCCUGCGGCCGGUAUGGUGACACUCGACGGCAACAACCUGAAGGAGCUGAAUCUGCAGUGGCUACGUGAGAACGUCUCUCUUGUGAGUCAGGAGCCGGUGCUGUUUGCAGGCACUAUAGCCGAGAAUAUCGAGCUAGGCAAGCCUGGUUCGAGUCGCGAGGAGAUUAUUGAGGCCGCGAAGAAGGCGAACGCGUUCGACUUUAUCAGUAACUUCCCGAACGGCUUCGACACGGACGUUGGUGACCGUGGCGCUCAAGUUUCUGGUGGUCAGAAGCAGCGAAUUGCCAUCGCCCGAGCCAUUCUGCGUGAUCCGGCGGUGCUGCUUCUGGACGAGGCGACUAGUGCUCUGGACAAUGAGAGCGAGCGGGUGGUGCAGGCCUCGCUAGAUCGACUGCUUACGCUCAAGCAGCGCACCACGAUCAUCGUGGCGCAUCGCCUCUCGACUAUUCGCAACGCGAACCUCAUCGCUGUGACGAAUGACGGCGCCAUUGUGGAGCAGGGGACGCACGAUCAGUUGAUGCAGCUGCCUAAUGGCAUCUACAAGGGACUCGUGGCACGUCAGAUGAACGCGCACUAGGUGAUAGGAACGGAGAAACCUCUUGGAUAACUAUCUAAUACACGACAUUUAUGCAAAGUUGAAGAGAGUGUAUUCAUAUUCAAUAACACGGGCUUUGAUAUGCUUGUUUGUAGUUCUGCAGUAAAAAAAAUAAA